CAUCCCCGUAGUGCCCAUCCUCCACCCUAGCCACCAGCUUCUGCGGAAAACGUGGGGUCCAGGCGCAGCCGCUCCAGGCUGUAAGUGCCGCUCCCCUCUUGCUGGAGAGCCCGCCCCGGAGGAGGGGCCGGCUCCGCCCCACCUCCCGGCCGCCUCCCUCCCUGUCUCCUAGCUGCGCCGGGGCCGAGCGCCCCCUCCUAUCUCCCCCUCCUCCGCCCUGCGUACCCCGCCCGUGAUCGCAUCGCGAGCCCCUCCCGCUGCACCGGGCUGGGGGAUUCGGCCGCCCCCGCCCCAACCGGGAGGCGGCGGCGGCCACCCAAGGCUGCAGUGGGGACCAAGAUCUAAGGCCCGGCGGCGGCCCUGCGUUUGGACCGGGCACGCGGGGUCUGUGCCUCUGCACCCCCAGCCCAGGGCCGUGGUGCCUGGCCUCGCCACAGGCUGGAAGAGCCUCGGGGGCCCUGGCUGUUGGUGAACAGAGCGUCCUCGAUCUCGCAGGCCGGGCCCGCUAGAGGCCCCCCAUGAGCUCGCCCGGCUGACCCUGGAGGCGGCCGCGGUGGAGCCGGCGCGCCCCGAGGGCGGCGGGGCCAUGGCCUCGCUGGACCUACCAUACCGCUGCCCGCGCUGCGGGGAGCAUAAGCGCUUCCGGAGCCUGUCGUCUCUGCGUGCGCACCUGGAGUACAGCCACACCUACGAGACGCUCUAUAUCCUCUCCAAGACCAACAGCAUCUGCGACGGCGCGGCCGCCGCUGCAGCCGCUGCUGCUGCAGCCUCCGGGUUCCCGCUGGCGCCUGAGCCCGCCGCCCUGCUGGCUGUCCCCGGAGCCCGGCGCGAGGUCUUUGAGAGCACGUCCUUUCAGGGCAAGGAGCAGGCGUCUGGGCCUGCGCCCGCGGGGCCGCACCUGCUGCACCAUCAUCACCACCACGCGCCACUGGCGCACUUCCCCGGUGACCUGGUGCCCGCCAGCCUGCCCUGCGAGGAGCUGGCCGAGCCAGGGCUCGUGCCCGCUGCGCGCUAUGCGCUACGCGAAAUCGAAAUCCCACUCGGUGAGCUGUUUGCGCGCAAGUCCGUGGCAUCCUCGGCCUGCUCGACGCCGCCACCGGGACCUGGCCCUGGGCCUUGUUCCGGGCCCGCCUCUGCAUCUCCAGCGUCGCCAUCACCUGCGGACGUCGCCUACGAAGAAGGCUUAGCACGCCUCAAGAUCCGCGCCCUGGAGAAGCUGGAGGUGGACCGGAGACUAGAGCGGCUGAGCGAGGAGGUGGAGCAGAAGAUCGCGGGCCAGGUGGGUCGGCUACAGGCCGAGCUGGAGCGCAAGGCAGCGGAGUUGGAGACUGCUCGACAGGAGAGCGCACGCCUGGGACGCGAGAAGGAGGAGCUGGAGGAGCGCGCCUCUGAGCUCUCGCGCCAAGUGGACGUGAGCGUGGAACUGCUGGCUUCACUCAAGCAGGACCUGGUGCAUAAGGAACAGGAGCUGAGCCGCAAGCAGCAGGAGGUGGUGCAGAUCGACCAGUUCCUGAAGGAGACAGCAGCUCGGGAGGCCAGUGCCAAGCUGCGGCUGCAACAGUUCAUCGAGGAGCUCCUGGAACGUGCAGAUAGGGCAGAGCGCCAGUUGCAGGUCAUCAGCAGCAGCUGUGGCAGCACACCCAGUGCCAGCCUGGGCAGAGGAGGUGGGGGCAGUGCCUCGGGGCCUGGGGUGAGAGGCCCCGGCAGAAUGCGAGAACACCAUGCAGGCCCAGCUGUGCCAAGCACAUACGCUGUAUCACGGCAUGGCUCCUCUCCCAGCACAGGGGCCUCCAGCCGUGUGCCAGCUGCAUCCCAGAGCUCAGGCUGCUAUGACAGUGACAGUCUGGAGCUGCCCCGGCCAGAGGAAGGGCCCUCCGAGGACAGUGGCCCUGGGGGCUUAGGUUCACGGGCACAAGCUACCAACGGUGGUUCAGAGCGGUCCCAGCCCCCUCGUAGUUCAGGCCUAAGACGACAGGCCAUCCAGAACUGGCAGCGCCGACCGCGCCGUCACAGCACCGAGGGGGAGGAGGGUGACGUCUCAGAUGUGGGCUCCCGAACUACCGAGUCAGAGGCUGAAGGACCCUCUGAUGUCCCACGCCCUGGACCUGCUGUGUCUGGCCCCUUGAACAGCUGCCGGCUCUCAGCCCGCCCUGAAGGAGGCAGCGGGCGAGGCCGUCGGGUCGAGAGAGGUAGCCCCUCACGCUCCAAUGAAGUCAUCAGCCCAGAAAUCCUCAAGAUGCGUGCUGCCCUCUUCUGUAUCUUCACCUACCUGGAUACCCGGACACUGCUGCAUGCUGCAGAGGUCUGCCGGGACUGGCGCUUUGUGGCCCGCCAUCCCGCUGUCUGGACGAGAGUACUGCUUGAGAAUGCCCGAGUCUGUUCCAAGUUCCUGGCGAUGUUGGCUCAGUGGUGCACCCAGGCUCACUCAUUAACAUUACAGAACCUGAAGCCCCGGCAGAGGGGAAAGAAAGAAAGCAAGGAGGAGUAUGCUCGCAGCACCCGGGGCUGCCUUGAAGCAGGGCUGGAGUCCCUGCUGAAGGCGGCUGGUGGGAACCUGCUGAUCCUGCGUAUCUCCCACUGCCCCAACAUCCUCACUGACCGGUCACUCUGGCUGGCCAGCUGCUACUGCCGUGCCCUGCAGGCUGUCACCUACAGGAGUGCCACGGACCCCGUCGGCCAUGAGGUCAUCUGGGCCCUGGGUGCAGGCUGCAGAGACAUUGUCUCCCUCCAGGUGGCGCCACUUCACCCCUGCCAGCAGCCCACCCGGUUCAGCAACCGUUGCCUGCAGAUGAUUGGACGCUGUUGGCCCCACCUCCGGGCCCUGGGCGUAGGUGGUGCCGGCUGCGGGGUACAGGGCCUGGCAUCGCUUGCAAGAAACUGUAUGCGGCUGCAGGUCCUGGAACUGGACCACGUGUCAGAGAUUACCCAGGAGGUGGCGGCUGAGGUCUGCCGGGAAGGCCUGAAGGGACUGGAGAUGCUGGUGCUCACAGCCACCCCUGUCACCCCUAAGGCCCUGCUACAUUUUAACAGAUGUAUCAUUAUGAGCCGCAGCCAGCAUGGGCCUGGUCCUCUUGUUCCUGUGGCUGGCCCAGGCAUCUGCCGGAACCUCAAAUCCAUUGUGGUGCAGAUUGGGAUUGCAGAUUACUUCAAAGAGCCCAGCAGUCCUGAGGCCCAGAAGCUGUUUGAGGAUAUGGUGACAAAACUCCAGGCCCUGCGACGGAGGCCUGGCUUCUCGAAGAUUCUGCACAUCAAGGUAGAAGGUGGUUGCUAACCCGGGUGAGGGGCGGCAGGGCACCUGCCAGCCCCACACCAAGUGCUCUUUGGACCUCUGGAGGGGCCCUGGCUUGGACUAGACCUUUGGAGGCCUAGUGUUACCCCGGGUUCCAGACAGUGGUUGAAUAUCCUGUCCAGUUGGGACAGCAGAGUGACAGGUGACCCAGAGCGCUGCCUCCCCGGGACAGAGGCUUGGAAAGAAGCUGCUCUGAGACACCUCCCCCCCUCACAUCCUCAGCUGGGACAGCCUUCUGGUACAGUCAGCAAGGAGCUGACACCUGCAGCUGGUUGUCACUGCGCAGAGGAUCUGCAGUAGCCAUCCAGGGGCUCCACAGCUGCUCAGGCAGGCCAUCUCCUGGUCAAGAGCCUGUCAAGCUACAGGCCAGAAGGGGCUUAAAGCAGCUCAGACAUGGCAAGGAGGACUCCCCUUCCCCCGACCAAACCCUCUGUAAGGCACUCCCUUUAGACAGAGGGCCUUUCUUCCAGGUCCGCAUUCUCCAUUGAUAAUCUAGGCAAGCCUAGGAACCCAGGUACAAGGUUAGCUGAAAGUUGGGGCAGAGCCAUAGGAUGAAUUUCAAAAGCUAAAAUAAAAUGUCUAUAAUACACCAGGAUGAGGCCUGCACCUCCCAAGCAGAUAAAGUACUGGCCAGUUGGAGGAGGCUACUUGUAAGACAAAGACUUCUCGUAAUCACACUGCAGAGCUAAGCUCACAGCAGUCUCUAUAUGACUCCUUGCUGAGGGACCACAGAGAGCAGGGGACCCAGCAAAGCCCUACAGUGAGAAGAACCUCUUAAACCAGGCAUUUCCACAAGAUUCCCAAAGCCUUUCAGGCCCCAAGGCCAUUGGGAGGGGGGAACUCUGCUGUGCUGGGCUUAGGGGAGAGGGAGCUUGCUUUACCUAAAACUGGCUUGAGGCGGCUUUGGCAAGGAACAGAUCCUGGUGCCAAGGCAGAAGAGUAAUUUCCACAGCCCGCCUUCCGGAGUCUUUACAGUACUGGGCUGAAGUAGGAGAAUACUUGUGAUAGGGUGUCACUGGCCCUUGCAUCGUACCCAAGAAGUCUGGUCACCAAAGCCCCACAGACUGAGCAUCCCUAACCGAAUUCCUCUGCUCAGAACUUGCAGUGGCAUAAGGCCAUGAGUCUUGGCAGCCCUCGUUUGGGCAGAUCUUUCAAACGCCUGGUUUGUCAUCCACAUCUUAGGGUUUUCUUUGCUCCUUUAUAAGGUGGGAUCCUCUUGCCAGUUUUCUCCAGCUGUGCCACAACCUGGACUGGGCACAAGCCCAUCUGUAGGUUGCUGCCACACAAGUCCCUUCCAUUGCUGCACAGCCUCCAGCUCGAUGCUCCCCGACCCCUAUAGCUCCGUCCCAGUUUAUCAUCAUCGCUGAGUUGUGUGGCUUGCUCUGUACCUGCUCUUUACAGACUGAAAUGCCAAGGCUGUCAUGCUGGAUACUCCAUGCUAGUUCUGCAUGAAACUUUGGCUGUGUGGUAUCCUAUGCCCCUACCUCUCACAGCUGCCUCCAGUUACUCCCACCUCCCCAGCCUUGUCCCCAGGAGUCACAGGCAACAGCACAACUUUCCUCUCCUUCAGUGGCCCAGAAGGGAGGUGGAGGUGCGCUUGGGCCCUAGCUGCCUUUAGUAGGUCAGUUGUUUUGCUCGAUGCAUCCAUGUAGCUCCUGCUCCCCGUGACUCUUAAGACCAGAGGUGCUGCCCUUCCUAUCUCUUGGAUAAAGCACAAAGUAAUGUAGUUGGCCAAGCCUGCCCCCAGGUGGCUUCCAUUUCACAACGCCAGGAUUUGGACAUCUCUCUGGGCAGGGGAGGCACUAGAACGCUUGGUGUUGGGGGAAAUAGAUCAGGGUGCACAGCCAUCAGGGCAGGAAGCAAGGUCAAGAUGCUGGUCCAAGCAUUCUGAUCCAUGGAGAGGAAAACCUGCCUACCCCUAAGAGGUCUCACCUGUGUUCUUGCUCUGAGUAAAGGUGAGUAAAGUAAAAAUUUCAGACCUAAGCCUUUACCAACCUAAGUGACAGGUCACCACUGUGUCCUGGCUGAGUCUUGGGCAUUAGUCUUCAGGCAUGCUGAGAGCCAGCAGCUGUCUGCGAGUUGUGGUCCCUUUGCUUUUUCCGAAGGGGUCCAUUCCUGCUUCUGGGCGAUGUACUCAUUUCCAUGUUUAGCAGUCACUGAGCCAAUUGGGGAUGGGGUGGGCACCUGGCUUCCUUAGAAGGACCUCAGCCUUUCUUCAGCCACUCAAAGAGAAGAGGGAAGCCCCCUGAGUCUCAUACUUAACUAAGGCACAGAAAACUCGUGUGGGCAUGCCCUGCUCCAGAAGCACUAGGUCAAUGGAGAAGGCUCACAGGUGGCAGCCACUUGCCAUCUCUUCCACUCCCAUCCCUUGCCAAACAGCCUGGCUCCAGCACGUGUUAAGUUGUGGCAUGGUUUGGCUUGAGUACUUCAUGCUUAUGCAGGCUGCUCUUCCCCAGUUAUGGCAAAAAUGUAUGCACCCUGCCCAGAACUCCAACUUUCCACCCUUCGCGAGUACCCUAAAUUUGGCUUUUCUUUUUUUAAACCCCAUUGACAACAGAGUUAGGCUAAGUCAGCCUUAGGAAUUGCAUCAGAAACCUAACAGGCCUUCUUCCCAAGGCCUGCUGCUGUCAGCAGCCCUGUUCUUGAAUGCAGAACACAGGCAAUAAGCUGUCAACCCCAGUCUCUUUAAGGCAUGAUGUUGAAGGAAAACUUCCCAGAGUUGACAGCUAGUGCCAAAGACGUAGUUCCUGGUGAACUUGGAGAGGUGAGACUUGAGUGGGACAUGGCCCCAUGCCCCAUGGAGUUAAGCACUGAUGAGGCCCACCCUAGCCACCAGCUUGAUGACCUGGCAGUCUGUCUGCUCACGGUGGCCAUGCUUUCUCAUCUAGCUGUGGCUCAGGCCAGCAUCUCUCUCUGUAUAUAUUACUGUGUAGUGUGUAUAUUUACUCCUGGACAAGUGAGCUCAGCUGUAGUCCUUGCCCAAGGACAAGGCUUAAGGUUGGGUGAAGAGCAGACUGCUGGGCUUCCCUCAACUCUUUGGGACCUUAGUCCUAAGACUGCCAGACAAUCAAGCAGGUACCCCACCAGGAGGCCAGCUCUGGGCCUCUGCCAUUAUCACACCCCUGGGGAGGCUUGGCCUGGAACUCCCAGGGUUUACUCAGCCCUGGCAAGGAUCUCAGGCAGGGACCUGAGGUGGCUCAAGAGGGCAGAGCUGGCCCCUAGGCCCUGACUCCCUGCACAGCCAGCCUGCAACUUGCCCCCAUGCACACUAGGCAGAGGGGUAGACAGGAACUUUUGGUUUUAGUUUUGUUUCUAAAGUGGUGCCUGUACCUCCAGCCCCCAGGGGGCCUUCCCUGGCCCCACUUUUCUGCCCCAACCAGGUAUUGCCAUCCCAGCACUUUGCUCCAUGUCACCCAGAUGCCCUCUGCCGAAUGUAUCUGAGCAUAUGUAUUUAAAAGGACUCAUGGGCAUCAGAAUUUAUGGUUCUGUAUCCAAUAAAAGAUGGUGAAAUUGAAAAUA